AUGCAGAAACACAGAAAUAGUAAAGGUGAGAGACCAAACGCAGGCACAGAGAUGCAGAAACAACAACAAGCACACACUUUCGGCCAUGCAACAGGAAAAAGGAGAAAACAGCAGAACACACGAACACAUGAGCUGCAGAUGCUGAAAGAGCUAGAGACAGCAGACACGAAACGCAGAAGAAGCAAAACAGAGCAAAAAGAACAGCAAGCAACUAGAACAUGUACGCAUAUGCUUUCGACUGGCAGGAGAAAAGAAACAGAACCAAGGACGCACGCAUGCAUGAAGGAAACAGCACAGCAGAGAAAGCAGAUGGGAUGGCACAGGAAAAUAGAGAUAGAAACGCAGAAAAAUAGAGCAGAGACUUCGGUGCACACAAAAGACGCAGCAGCAAGGAAGAAGCGGAGCAGGAGAGUAAUGAUUCACCUCUUCCAUCCCCUAUAUAAGAUCGAACGUGAAACAAAGAGGGGGCGGUUUUUUUGGCUGGAGAAAAGGAAGGAGAAACAUACACACAGAAGAAACAGAAAACAGAGCACGAAAGAACCGAAGGAGAAGAGAGAGGUUGAGAGAGAAAGAAACAGAGACGAAGGGAGGAGAAACGGAGUCAGUCGAGAAACCAACACCAGAGAGUUUUCUGAAAGGAAAAGAAGAAAGGAGACGGAGAGGAGAAAGAAGAAACAGAGACGGAGAGGAGAAAGAGGAGAGUGA